AUAAACCACUGGAAGUAACUUUUCAGCUCAUGGUAUUUUUCUAUUCUUUGUGCGUUGUUUCAUUUGCCUAUUAACCUUGAAAUCUCCAUCUUCCUCUAUAUAACAACGUCCUUCAUUUCUCUUACUCCACCAAAUCUACAAAACUAGUAAUUCAUUUUAUCUGUCAUCUAAAAAGCCACAAAAUCACUUUGAAGAAUCAUUAACACAGAAGAAGAUGAGUUCAACAAGCAGAGCAUGGGCAGCAGCAGCCAGUGUUGCAGUCGUGGAAGCUUUAAAGGAUCAAGGUAUAUGCAGAUGGAAUCAUACACUAAAAUCACUUCAAAAUCAUGUUAAAAACAAUGUCAGAUCCUAUUCUCAAGCACAUAAGCUUUCAUCCUCCACUUCUUCUUCAACUAUGGUUUCUAAUUCUAAAAGACAAACAAAGAUGGCAAAGCAAUCAGAAGAAUCUUUGAGGACAGUCAUGUACUUGAGUUGUUGGGGUCCUAAUUAAUUAGAGGAGAUUAUAUAGAACAAGUUUUUAACUAUAUUCUUUGAUACUUCUUCUUUGGGGUCUGCUAACAACAAGGAAGGGUUCCGAUAAGGGUGGAUCUAAAUUAGAUUAAGUUGUAAUUAGUAUUAAAUACUAAGUUUGGAGAGGUGUGUUGGUGCUGUAUCUUUCUCUUCUAAAACAAAGUUUGCCCUCUCUUCAUGUAUUCUUAAAUUAGUAAGAGAUCGGAUGAACAUCCACCUGAAUCAUUUGUUUGUUUGUUAGAAGUUUCUCCUUUGGAUAUUGAUACAUCUAUUGUUAUUGUUUGUUUGA